AUGCUCCAAGCAAUUCUCAAAGAAGUUCUUCCUCAGGAUAGUUCAUUUGAAAUAUUACACCUUCAAUCACCACCAUCAGAAUCAGCACCUCUGGUAAACAAUACAAGCAAGCAGAAUAGAGCCACCACUAUAAAGACUGAACAUCUAUUUUGCUUAGCUUACAAAGGAAGGAUAUUUUAUGGGCUGGAGUUGUAUGUGUAUAUAACAUGCAAUCACGAUAAUGAAGUUGAAAAAACAGAACGGUUGGUCUUUGUCUCAAAAGCGGAUACCAAUGGAUACUGUGAUAUACGUGUUAACAUAAAGCUGGUUACUCUACAAUUGAUAAGAUAUGUACUCUCAAUUAAUCCCGAUUAUUAUUUACAUCGAGUGAUACCGAAAGAAAGAGACUACAAAAAGAGCGGUAGGACCAACCUGAUAACUAAAGCAACUAACUCAAGAAAGGCUCUGAAGAUCUUAGCAGAUAGAUUACAGAACCACAAUCUUAUAGAACCAGAAAUUUUUAAUGCAUUCUACACAAAAUUUCAUAGUGGAAAGGAAUUGGUAACAAAGAUUGCACUAUUUACAAGGCCUGCAGACCAAUAUCUAUUCCCCAAUUCAUCUAAAAAUCCCAAUAAACACAACCUUGAUGGAGAUGGCUUAUUGAAAUGGUGGGCUUCCUUAUUAGACAAUUUAUUAGUAAGUGAUUUUAAUCUAAAUAAAACUAAAGCAAAAAUAAGAAUACCUGGAGAAGAUAAAUAUCGUUUUAGAAGGUAUACAAAUGCUUUGAAAUGUGGAAUUUGGACACAUGGUGAUAUUUUCAGCGAUAAUGAUAGCGACUCAGUAAUAAAAUGUAUUCCAAUGUUCCCUGAUGACCCUAAGUCAAGAUUUAUGAAGCAACUCUUCGAAGAAAACCGCAUCCAGACCACCUCAUUGGAUACAUUCUGGACUGAACUACAGGAAAGACAGGAGUUUAAGCUUAGUGUUGUUGUAUCAGUGAUGGGUAUUUCUGGCAUUUACGAAAUUGACACCAACUAUAAACCUUCUACUGAUGUGUACAGAUGCCGAUCCAAGAGGCAAUUCCAUUGCAUAAAGAACUACAUCACUGGUGAAGAGUAUGACACAGAAGAAGGGGCGCUAGAGAGUUACCAAAACGUAAACGACUACUUGUCAAGAGAAGGCACCAGCUUACUAACAGUGACAGGUAAUGCAGAUUACUCAAAAUUUAAACAAAACCGAACAACCACUUCUACCCCAGUAGUAGUUAAUACCCUCCAAGUUCGCAGAAAGAAAUAG